AUGGGCUGCAUUGUGCAAUGUAUCAAUAAACCAAAAAAAGAAGUCCAAAUUAAGUCGGACUUCGAGCCACUUGAAGAGAAAUUAACUGCAGCUGAAUAUAAAGAUAAAGGAAACGAAUAUUUUAAGGCAGGAAAUUACCAAGAAGCAAUUAUAAUGUAUACAAAAGCGAUCAAGAUAUCUCCAGAUAUCCCGAUUUUGUAUACAAAUAGAGGGCUGAGUUAUAUGCAGACAAAUGCUUAUGAGCUAGCUUAUAAUGAUGGUAGAGCCGCCGUAAAAUUAGACCCCAGCAGCUUAAAGGCAAUUCUUAUCUGCAGCAGAUCUAAAGCAAAUAUUGGUAAAAAAGGGUCAUUACCUGAUUUAGAAAAAGGAUUGGAGCUUGCUAAGCUUGCUUAUAAAUUAAGCGAAUCGGAAAGCAGCCCAGAGAAUAAAAAAUACUGCCAGGAUUUGGUUUCAAAUAUUCAGAUAAUGUAUGAGAUUACACAAAUGAAUUUAAUACAAAAAGAAGCUGAAGGUCUGAAAGAGUAUUAUUCUGGAAUUUUGAAAGACAACAAAAGCAUUGAAUUGUUGAAUAAGCAUUUAGUUGCAAAAAAAAUCGAGGAAAUUCCAAGCUUUUCUUGCACUUUGACUAUGGAAGUGUAUAAUGCCCCAUAUGUAACGAUUGCUGGAUUUUCGUAUGAGAAAGAUCUGCUGUUGAAGCACAUAGACAAAAAUGGAUGUAUAGACCCUUUAUCUAGGCAAUGGUUUCAUAUAGAUACUUUAAUGCCAAAUUUCGCUUUAGCAAGAGGCUCUGAGUGGUAUAAGAAUACAAGGCCAUGGCUUAAGUUUGCAGAUAGUCUAGAUUUAGCUAUAAAUAAAAUAAUUUAG